AUGGAUCAAAUAACAAUAACAACAACAACAACACUUCAAAAUGAGCCUUGGACGAGCGUUAUCGGCGGACUUCUUCUCCCCAACGACCCCGACCAAGUAUCAGCGAAAGCGAUUCUUAAACAAAAGAUCGACGACACGAUACAAUUACACAUACAACCAGAAGGAAAAAUGAUCUACGACGAUCAGGGGUUAUCCUUCAGCAAGCGACUCGACAACCUAGAAAGGACGACCGGAAACCAGCAAGGUCAAAUUGCAAGCCUUCAAGAUCGAGAUACAAAGCGGCAAGAUCAAAUUGCAAGCCUUCAAGAUCGAGAUACAAAACAGCAAGAUCAAAUUGCAACCCUACAGAACGAAUUGACACCACUGCAGAAUCAAAUGGGGAUUAUCCGUUUCUCGGAAUUCUUAAAGUACCUGCCUUCUGAGAAGCGAGUUGACUCUUACGAGAGAAACAAACUAGUACAUGGAGGUGACGUGAGUUUCGACCUUCGAUUUUUGGAAUCUGUGGACGAAAUGUUUUUACAACGUCAUGGACUUCGACACGGCGAUCUUGAAACGGCCUUUAGUAAAAGGUACAGCCGAUCUCAUCAGUAUUUUCGCUCAAGAGACUUGUCCGAGGCUAUGGAGCAAGUGGUCAACUUGAGAUGUUCAAGAGAACAUCUCAAGUUCUGGAAAAAUCUGGGGGAUCUUCCCAAAGAGUACGACGACAAACGCAACCGAUUACAAGGAGCGUGCGACAGGACCAUGCGCCUGUGGUUCAAGCCGAACGAUCAGUCCUACUCGAUUGACGAUGCGAAUGCUAGCUGGGAUCACCUUUACGACCAAUAUGAAACCCUGCGAAAGGCGAUAGUUGCGGAGAGGGAGGAGAUGAUGAAUUCUAUUAGAAUGAUGCUGUUGUCUACAGCGAUACACACCUUGUUCGUACUGCCAGCUCUUCUGCUGGUCUCGAUUCCGCUCGCACUGUCGGCCUCCAUCACUAUGUUGUUGGCUUUCGCGGCACUCUAUCUCCGCGCUUUCAUUAUCUACAUUGAAUUAGCCGGCGCAUUGUUGAUCAACUUUUUCCUCUUUCCGGCGCAUUCGCCUACAACGGGGUCUUUUCUGGCUUUUUCAGAAGUCAAUACGCCGGCCGGUUCUCCGUCGAAAUCUAGAUCUCAUCAUCCUCACCACCAUCACCACUUCAAUCCUACCCAUGAUGCUAAAUCAUGGGGAGAAAAAUAUUCGGCUUCUAAAGAAGUUGACUAUUUCCAUAGCCAUCAUUCGUACCAUGGUCCUCCGUUGACCCCGUCGCGAGAACCCUUUUUCAACUUUAUAUCCGGAGAUGCCGAGCGCGAUUUUGAAGGAGUCGGUGGCUGGCGAACGCCUUUGCAAUCUCGAAAAAGAGAUCCAAACUCAUCGUCCCCACCGGGGAGUUACAGUGCCAGCGAAGAGGGGUUGCUAGACGACGAGCAGGCCUGGCUAUCUCUCAACAAGCGCCUGGAGCUUCCCUCAAGACAACUCAGCUUCGUUCCCCCAUCGGCCUUGCCACCACUACAACAACAACAACAACAAAAAACAGCAACGGAUACAUCUGGACCAAAGCGCCCACGAUACCACAAACGCUCCAUCACAACCUCGCCGGUCACCGUGCAGGGAUCGUCAUCAUUAUCAGGCCUGCCACCGUUUUCAGAAGAAGAGCAAAGCAAAAACAAUAACACUCGUCUCCAGACUUCCAAAUCCAGUGCUGGGCUCGAAUCGUUGCUGCUGCAGCCGCCUUCUUCAAAGCGACCCCAUUCUCCAUUAUUGUCCUCCUUUGACUAUCAACCCUUUCUCAUGACGACAAGUGGCUCUGGCGACGAGUGGAAAAUGGCGCAUUAUCCGAGCUUUGUGCGGCGGAGAAGUUCGGCGAGUUCGUCGUCGCAGACGAAUAGGUCUCUUACGGGAUUAGGUUUGUCGUGA